AUGGGUGCUCAACCAUCAUCACCAAAGCCUGGCACCGAUAUACAGGUCAUUGGCGCCGGCCUCCCACGCACAGGAACCGCCUCUUUCAGCCGCGCCCUGAGCAUCCUCCUCGACGCCCCAGUCUACCAUGGAGGUACACAAAUAACCCUCGGCCCCUCUUCACACAUCAAAUCCUGGAUAAGCGUGCUCACACAAUGGCCGCCACAAUCUCCGUCAGCCACGCAAGCCAUCCAGACACAAGUCAAAAUGCGCUUGGAAGGUUACGCAGCAGUCACAGACUCGCCCUGCAACGGCCUGAUUCCGGAGUUGCUCACCCUCUAUCCUGACGCAGUGGUGAUAUGCACAGUCCGCGACCCGGAUGCGUGGGUCAAGAGCAUGGCAACUGUGGCCAACGCCGCGACACUCUGGUUUCUGCGCUUUGUGCUCUUCUUGCUGCCUGGUAUGCGGCACUUUCCCACCUACAUCAAUCUGCUGCGCAAGCAGUGGAUCGUGCUGUACGGAAAGCCCGAGCCAGUUACAACAGAGCACUGGGAAACUCAUAUGGCCUAUUUGAAGCGCACAGUGCCGGAGGAGAGGCUGGUGUUUUUCGAUGUGAAGAGUGGGUGGGAGCCACUGUGUAAAGUGUUGGGGAAAGAGGUGCCAGAGGUCGAGUUCCCAAAGAUCAACGAUGGCAAAGCAAUUGAGGAGCUUACGGAGAGAUUCAUUGCGAAAGGGCUGAUGUACUGGGGCGCUGUACUGGUGAUUGCUGGAUUAUGCGUGGCUAGGUUCUAG